AUGCUCGCCUAUGGCAGGGCACGUCUUAUAACGCGUGUGACUGUGCCGAAUCGACAUGUGCACAUAGGCAGAAACCACAAGGAGGACGCACGGUGGCCAGGCUGGGAGCUCGUGGUAGGAAUCGAGGUGCACGCGCAGAUCAAGUCGAGUCGGAAACUCUUCUCUGAGACUUUGGUGUCUAAAUGGACUGGGCAAAAUGCACACGUUUCCGCCUUUGACGCGGCGUUCCCUGGAACUCUACCUCGACUGAACCCUAAAUGCGUCGAACUAGGCGUCCGGACUGCCAUUGCACUGAAUGCAGACGUCCAACAGAGGUCCGCUUUCGACAGGAAGCACUAUUUCUAUGCGGACCUACCUUCAGGGUACCAGAUCACGCAGCAAUACGCACCCAUUGCCCGCAACGGCCAUCUGCGGUUGGAGAAGGAUGACAUCGCCGUGCGCAUUAAGCAGGUCCAGCUGGAGCAGGACACAGGGAAGUCCACCUUCGUGCCGCGAAACAAACUCACGGCGAUAGACCUCAACCGCGCCGGAAUGCCGCUCAUGGAGAUCGUCUCGGAGCCUGACAUGCGCUCGCCGGAGGAAGCAGCGAAUUACGUGCGCACACUCCAGGCACUCCUGCGGUCUGUAGGUUCCAGCGACGGUAACAUGGAACAGGGUUCGCUUCGCUGCGACGUCAAUGUGUCUGUAAACCGCAUAGGUCGGCCUCCUGGCACCCGUUGUGAGAUCAAGAACCUCAACAGCGUCAAGAACAUGACGGUGGCUAUCACCUGCGAGGCCUUCCGACAAAUUGCGCUGCUCGACCGCGGCGCUCCUGUUUUACAGGAGACACGCGGGUUUGACGAGGAGAAGGCGGAGACGUAUGCUCUGCGAAGCAAAGAAGACGCUCCAGAUUACAGAUACAUGCCUGACCCGAACAUCCCGCCGCUGCUCCUCCACAAGAAUUACAUCGAUGACAUCCGUGGCAAGAUGCCCGAGCUUCCGGACGCCACCCGUGACCGUUUGUUGAGUCAAGGCCUUUCCGAGCGAGACGUCGAGGUCCUGAUGGACGUCGACUCCGGCCGAGAAGUCGGAUUCGACGGUGAGCUUGGUCGGGGUGCUGUAGCCUACUUCGACGAAGUAUCGCGAAGUCGAGACCCCAAGGCGGUCGUGAAUUGGAUCACACACGAGCUUCUCGGUCAGCUGGCAUUCCGCCAUGAGACCUUCAAGCAGAACCCCAUCUCCGCCGAGCAAAUGGGCGACCUCGUCGACCUUGUGCAAAGUCAAAAAGUGACAGGCACGUCUGGGAAGACUAUCCUGCGACAUAUGCUCUCAACCCACACCCCGGAUCUGCCGUCCAAGAUCGCGAGGGAUUUGCAACUCGUUGCUGUCAGCGAUGACGGCGCGUCCCUCGAGGGGUGGUGUCGCGACGCGAUCGCCGCACUCCCCGCGGAGGCAGACGCCGUGCGGCGGGGGAAUCCAAACGUCGUGAACAAGAUCAUGGGCCAUGUCAUGAAGGCCAGCCGUGGCACUGCGAAGGCCCAGGACGCGCGCACAAUGCUGCUGAAGCUCCUGUAG